AUGGUUGAAAUCUGCAUUUCCUCGUAUCCCGGUCUGGGGCAUUUGGUUCCGUUGUUACAGCUGGGUGAGCGGUUGGUGAGUAAUGAACCCAGUGUUCGGGUCCGGAUUUUCACCCAGCUGGGGUUCCAGGACGAGGUGAAGCUGGAGAGUCAUGUGCAGCCGAAUGCCUCGAUCGAGGUACGGUUGUUGGCGCGGACAGACCUGCCGACUAUCGAGAAUGGUAUGUUGUACAGCCUGAAGGACAUGGACGGCACGUUCAGUGCUGCAGCGAUACGAUAUUAUGAGGACCUGGGUUCGAAGCCGAGUGUUGUCAUCAACGGCCAAUUAGUGGGCUGGGGUGAGGUUGUGGCGGAGCAUUUCGGGGUGCCACUGUGGGUCUUCCACGCGUCCCCAGCCUUCACUAUUCCGCUGUACAUCCAGGAAGGCGCCACGACGCCUCCACCUUGGCGCUUGACCCCUCCGCCGUCGCCAGACAGCAUGCAAUGCGAAUGCAGUUUCCAUGAACGGCCCAAACCGGUCCGGAUCCCGUUAUUGGGCGCCAUAGAGUACGAUGAGAUGCCGCAAAUGCCCCCCUCUCCUCUAUUCGAGAUGUUUGUCCGCUCCUUCCGUGGUCUGACUAAGGCGUCCGGUAUUUUGUGCAACGAUGUGGACGAGUUGUAUAACGAGGCCAUGUUGGAAUUUAUCAACUCCGCUGUACCCGUCAUGAACAUCGGCCCCCUCUGUCUGGCAGACAGUCGUCUCAAAGCCGCAAGCAGUCACCUGUCUAAGUGGCUGGAUCAAUUUCCGGCGAACAGCGUCGUGUUUGUGUCGCUUGGCAGUUGGUGCGAUCUGAGCGCGGCUGACGUCGUAGAACUUGCCAUGGGCCUCGAGAGGUGCAACAGGCCCGUGCUCUGGGCUUAUCGAGGCCGAUCCAUCCAGAACGAACACUUUUUGCAGGAAGAUCGUCAAGCCUGCUGUGAAGUUGACGAACGAAACCUACCCCUGGGUUGGGAACCCCGCGUGAGCCAUAGGGUCCUUGUCGCCCCCUGGGUCAACCAAGCGGCCGUCCUCAAGCAUCCCAGCGUCGGUUGCUUUAUCACCCAUUGCGGCUGGAACGGUCUUCUGGAAAGCAUCGCCUAUCGCGGACUCCCAGUAGUCGCCAUUCCACUCGCCGCCGAACAAGUCAUCAACAGCAGACUUGUUACCGACGUCUAUCACAUUGGGAUCCGCGUCUGGAAGUCGCGCGUGCUCGAACGACUUGAUCGAGACAAAAUCGUCGACGCAAUCAACACCGUCAUGAACCACGGCCGAUUCAGAAUUAACGCGCAUAGACUCCACAGACUUGCAUCCGUAGAUAACAACAAUAAGGUGCAGCAAUUUUUAAAGGCCAUACAAAAGUCUUAG